CGAGGCCAGCCUCCGCAGAAAUUACAUCUUUAGAAGGUUCACCACUUGGGCUGCCGAAAACCGGGACACGCACCAAAAUUACCAGAGUUACGCGGAAAGUAAAGGUUACAACAUUCACACCGGAUUCGCCAAACCAUACGAAGGACUCUACUUCAAAACCCGCCCCACAAACGUGGACUGCAAGCCUCGACAGCCAGACACACCUAAAACCGACCCUCAAGGCCUCCUACCUCAUCCAGGUACUCCCGAAACGACUCAGGAUGGGUUUACUCCCAUUUCCAGCCCCCACGACUCCGAGGGGGAGUUUCCCCAACCUCGAGCCAUACCCGAAGCCCUCAAGCGGAUGUCCGGUGCCCGCCAUGCCGACCCUGAGGAUAUUCCUGCAACAUGCGUUGGCGCCGCAGAAAUCGCACUUGUGCUCGCAGAAAUGCUCGAGUUCUUGACAAAUCCCGAUAUUUCUGAAGAUGCCGCCAAUCAGUGCCGCAAGAGUGUCAGGGAGACGUUAGAUUAUCUAGGAGGAAAGGAGGGCAUACAGAAGUUUGUCGACGUCAUCUAUCAAGAAUUCCCCCAGCACGACAGCUCCAACAGCACUCCCAAGUUUGGGUCCACCUUGCGAGGAUGAAUGGGGCCCAUCCUUAUGGUUGAGGAAGACCAACGCUUUGGUAGCUUGGGAAUAUAAGGAUUCUCACCAGAAGAAGGGGCACAUUCGAAUCAGAUGGAAGCAUGCCUUGCAUUUUACUACAUCUGAUGAGGAUGAGGAUUAUGGUGUCAAUUAGGUAUGCAGUUACAAAG